GGGGCUCUUCCUUCCCCUCCGCUUUGAUCUUAUACCCCCGGCCUGCUCACCCCGUCGGCGUGCGCGCGAGGAGAGAGAGAGAGAGAGAGAGAGAGGGCGAAAGGAAACCCUAGCUGGCGCCGCCAUCGCCAUGUCGCUGAUCGCGAACGAGGAUUUCCAGCACAUCCUUCGUGUUCUGAACACGAAUGUGGAUGGGAAGCAGAGGGUCAUGAUCGCCCUCACCUCCAUCAAGGGUAUCGGCCGCCGAUUCGCCAACAUCGUCUGUAAGAAGGCCGACGUCGACAUGAACAAGAGGGCUGGGGAGCUCUCAGCUGCUGAGCUCGAGAACCUCAUGACAGUUAUUGCAAACCCUCGCCAGUUCAAGAUCCCAGAUUGGUUCUUGAACAGGAAGAAGGACUGCAAGGAUGGUCGGCACUCACAGGUUGUCUCCAACGCCUUGGACAUGAAGCUGAGGGAUGAUUUGGAGCGACUGAAGAAGAUAAGGAACCACCGUGGUUUGAGGCACUAUUGGGGCCUUCGAGUUCGUGGUCAGCACACGAAGACUACUGGCAGAAGGGGAAAGACUGUCGGUGUGUCGAAGAAGCGAUGAGCUUAACCUUCUAUCCCUGCUUUCAAGAUGUGUUACUGUUUCAUUUCUGACCCUUAAGGUCUAGUGGAAAUUGUGUUUGUUUUACUUGGAUGUGAACCACUCGUGGAUAUCUUUAGCUAUGUUUUUAGAUAUCAGUUUUGAUGAUUGGUAGAGCUAUAAUAUCGGCAAUGUGCUUUUGUCUUGAACUCUAAUAGUGACAAUCAGGUCAUCUUUUUCUGGUAUGAGUAGUGAUUGGUGGGUUUGACUUA